AUGUAUAAAACAGGUGAUUAUUCAAUUGAUAUAUCUGAAUACACAUUAGUCGAGGAAUCAAGUAUAAAAUAUGAUUUGUGGACUAAUUGUAGUAUUCCAUCUUCCCAAACUAAAAUAGAAAACAAAAUUACAUUUGCCAUAGUAGAUAAUGAAACAUUACAAUUUUUAAAUCACUCGGAAAUUAAUGGUUUAAAGCUUUUACCUGAGUUAACAUAUGAAACUUAUGAAAUCUUUAGCCCAAAAAAUGAAAACGAUUUAUAUUACACAUUAAAUGAAUACAAUUUUACUGGGACAGUUACUUUCAAGAAUCAAGUCUAUUAUGAACAUUUAUCAGUUGAUUUUGAAUCUAAAAAGGGUACAAUUGUCCCUUUACCUGGGGAGAGCAAAAAAUUCCGUUUCAGUUUCAAUAAAAACUCAAGGGAAAUUUAUGGGAAUAUCGUAUUCAGACAUAAAAGCCAAACUUGUCUUAUUGGUAUUAGCUUUAAAACAUUUGGUUUGAGUAUUAAAAUCAAUCAUUAUUUGCCAUUAACUGGCAAAAUAGAAGGAAAUAUUGAUGUUGAUUCAGGCAUAUAUUCUGGAACCAUCCAAACAAUUGCAAAAUUUGGGGAAUAUGACGGUUCAAUUUCAAACUAUAAUUUUGAUUUGGAUUCAAGUGAUGCAGGUUAUAGUUAUUCGAUUGAAUUAGGUGAUAAAAUCAGCUAUAAUACUCAAGGAACAUUACCAACACAAAUUACUUUUGCAUUUGUUUAUAGCGAGACUAUAAUCAUUCAUAAAACUAUUGAUUUCAGAAUUCUGAUGCCUAUAGAUAUCGAAUCCAUUUCAGAUGCGAAUCCAAAUAUUGAACAUAAAACAAAUACAAGGUUAACAUUGAAUGUUAGAAGAAGAAAAGCAGAUGCAAUGGAAGAUUCAAUAUUUAAGUUUGAAUUUGUUGAUCAAAAUGUUAAUCAAAUGUCAAAUCCAACAAUUAUUAACAAUUAUAAACCAAAGAAAGUUCCGAAUACAGACAAUGAUUAUACAAUUCGGUUGAUAAUUCCGAAUAAUGUUGAGAUCGGUCAAAAGAAUUUAUUGAUUGUAAUUGUAGAUCCAUCUGGUCAAGAAUCAUCACUUUUCACAAUCCCGAUCACAGUCACACAGGGAAGAAUUGUCACAGAAAGCUCAAUAUCAUGUCGUAAGACACAAGAUAUGAUUCCUGAUGGACAAGAACAUUUAUUUAAAUGCAAUAUCGAUAACAUUGAAACAUAUCCUGUCAUCUAUAAAGCAAAAAUUGGUCGAUACGAAAGUUCUUUUGAUAGCGAAUUCAAACAUGCUUUACGUAUGGAAGAAGUUGGCUAUGAUAAUGAAUUCAAUGUUUAUGUUUCAAUUCCAGAACAAACCGAAGAAAAAACAGAAAUAUCUUUUGCAAUGAUCAAUUCAAAUAAUGAAGAUAUUAUUAAAUACUGUGAUAUUACAGAUAUUAAAAUUGUUCCCAAACCAAAAAUUAGAUAUAACAAUUUUUAUUACAAACAUGAGAAAUAUUCUAGAUUUUCAAUCAAGUUUAAAUUAGAUUAUACAUGUGAUUUCGAAACUUUAAGAGUUCAAUAUCAUGAUGCUAAUAAAAAUGAUGAAUACAGAAACGUCACAUCAAUAUCUCAAUUAGAUAAAGACAAAAAUUUUUAUGUAGAGUUUCUUGAUCAAGAUAUAGAAGAUUAUGAAUUCAAAUUUAUUGAUAAAUUUGGCAGAUAUUAUAUUGAACAAAUAGGAACCACAGUAAAAGAAUUUUAUUUUAAUUGUAAUCUAGAACAAGGGAAUCCGAUUCAAGGAGAAAAAGUAAUUGUCAAAUGCAGGGUAAAUGAUGAAUAUAGUGUGGUAGCUUUUGCAGAAAGAGAAUUUUAUUUUGUAGAUUAUUCAGAUGGAAACAAAUAUAAGUUACUGAACAUUACUUCUGCAGCACAUGUAGACUUUUCAUUAGAUCUUCCUAUUGUUUCGGGAAAUGUCGAUUUUGCUUUACAUGUGAAGUUUGUUGAAAAUUCCAGUAUUACGCAGGAUAUUAUAAUAGUGCACAGAUUAAUGCCACCAAUUAUAUUUGAUUUUAAAGUUUUUGCAACUGAUGAAAAGUUUUUCAAAGUUGGUUUAACAGCAUCAAGGGAAAUUGCUUAUCCAGCCAAAAUGUAUUAUUCAGUAAUGCAGAAUUCAAAAACAGAAGAGCUGGAAUUCACUCAACUAGAUUAUGACCAUUUUGAGUCAUUUACAUAUCACGACUUCGAUCUACGAGGGCAAUUUAAAUUUGGUGAAGAAUAUAAUAUAACAAUAAAGGUCACAUAUCAGACAAAUAAAGUGGCAAUAAGAACUAAGCUUUUCAAAUAUGAUACGCAUCCCAUCAUACUUAAUGUUGGAAGGACAACAUUGAAAAGUGCAAUAUGCAAUGUUUCGGCAGGAUAUCAAGCUAUAUUAAGUCAUGUUUCAAAUGCAAACUCCGUCACAGCUUAUGCAGAAAUUGGAAAUAAGAAUUAUACAUUACUUGAUAAUAGAAUUAAUGCUAUAGAUUUCCCUGAAGAUGGAAAGUUAUGUUGGUUCGGUGAUGUUGAAAUAACAGUACUUCUCUUUCGAUUAUCUAUAAUUCAAGCAGAUGAUUUCAUUUACUUGCUUGGUAAUCAAAAUAUCACGCUCGGAACAUCAAACAAUGCCGAUUACAAAUUAGAAGUCUCAAAAAAGGUUGUUGUUGUAAUGGGGUCAUUUGAUGGAAAAGGAAUUUGCCAAUCAGUAGAUUAUGAUUUAUCUAAAGUCAAUUUUGAGAUUUAUAAUAUCUAUGGAUAUUCAAAUUUGAGAAAGGCCCUAGAUAUCGAUCAGAAAGGUCUACUCGUUUAUAGUGUUCAGUUAAUAGAUCCUAAAUCCAAUAUUGAUAUGACAUUUGCAGUGAAAGACUCUCAGGAUACACAAGAGGUUCUAGUAAAUUCUAAAAUCGGAAAUUACAAAUUUGCUUCGGAUAAUGAAGAUACAGAAAAUCCUGAUAAAAAUGAUCCUGAAAAAGAAAAUCCUGGUAAGGAAGAUCCUGAAAAAGAAAAUCCGAGCGAGAGAAAUAAUAACGACGGAAAAGAAAGUCCUAGUGGAGAAGAUAAUACAGGAAAAGAUAGUCCUAGUAGUGAUGAUAAUUCAAAUAGUAAGGAUCCAACAAAUAAAGUUAAAGUAGGAGCUAUCGCUGGUGGUAUAGUUGGAGCUUUGGUACUCAUAGCAAUAAUUUGCAUUAUAAUUUUCUUAAUCUUAAAGAAGAGAAUUUCAGAAGAAAAUGAAUCAAGUGAUACUCAAAUUCAUGAAGACACAGCUAUGGAAAAUAGUGUUCAAGUCUAA